GCGUGAGAGGGGAGGGGGGAAAAAAAGCUCCUGUGACGUCACACGCGUUUGAAUUCAGUUGACCAAGAUGGCGGAGGUGAGCGGUUUGAGGAGCAGAAGUGUCUUCGAGCCCAACUGCAAAAAGCGAAGCAUUGACGAAGGCUUGAGUGGUGUGGAAGAUGUCCCCCCUUUUCGGCACAACCUGAAGACCCCUCUGGCUAAGUCCGGGGGCCCGGAGGAGACCCCGCGUACCGCCCCCUCGAACCCGGGCAAAAAUGCCCGCCUCACCCCCUCCUCUGAUGAGUUUCUGGAAGGAGAGACCGUGGAGGAGGAGAAUGAGGUGGAGGUGAAAGAUGAGGCGGCCAGGCCCAUCCAGGUGGUCCUGGCCAACGAGGAUGAGCACAGCUUUGAGCUGGACGCCGCGGCGCUGGAGAGGAUCCUGCUGCAGGACCACGUGAAGGACCUGAACGUGGUGGUGGUGUCUGUGGCCGGCGCCUUCCGCAAGGGCAAGUCCUUCCUGCUGGACUUCAUGCUGCGCUACAUGCACAGUCAGCAGGGCAAGUCGUGGAUGGGAGGCGACGACGAGCCCCUGACCGGCUUCAGCUGGAGAGGAGGCUGCGAGAGGGAAACCACGGGAAUUCAGAUCUGGAGCGAAGUCUUUGUGGUCGACAAGCCCGAUGGCAGCAAGGUUGCCGUGCUCCUCGUCGACACUCAGGGAGCGUUCGACAGCCAGUCCACCAUCAAGGACUGUGCCACCGUGUUCGCCCUCAGCACCAUGACCAGCUCUGUGCAAGUGUACAACCUCUCCCAGAACAUCCAGGAGGACGACCUGCAGCAUCUGCAGCUUUUCACAGAAUAUGGCCGCCUGGCAAUGGAAGAGAUCUACCUGAAGCCUUUCCAGUCACUGAUGUUUCUGAUCCGGGACUGGUGUUAUCCUUAUGAACACGACUACGGACUGGAAGGAGGCAACGACUUCCUGGAGAAAAGACUACAGGUGAAGCAGAACCAACACGAGGAGCUGCAGAACGUGAGGAAGCACGUCCACUCCUGCUUCUCCAACAUCGGCUGCUUCCUGCUGCCCCACCCGGGCCUCAAGGUGGCCACCAACCCCUACUUUGACGGCCGGCUGAAAGACAUCAAUGGGGAUUUUAAGAAGGCUCUGGCCAAGCUGGUGCCUCUCCUCUUGGCCCCAGAACGCCUGGUGGUGAAGGAGAUCGGAGGCAACAAAGUCACCUGCAGAGACCUCCUGGAGUACUUCAAGUCCUACAUAAAGAUCUACCAGGGGGAGGAGCUGCCUCACCCAAAGUCCAUGCUGCAGGCGACCGCAGAAGCCAACAACCUGACCGCUGUGGCGGGCGCCAAAGACAUGUACGGCAAGAGCAUGGAGCUGGUCUGCGGCGGGGACCAGCCGUACAUCGCCCCGGCCGACCUGGAGCGCUGCCACGAGGAGUUCCGCGAGCACUCGGUGGGUCACUUCCGCUCCGUGAAGAAGAUGGGCGGCGAGGAGUUCUGCCAGCGCUACCAGAGCCAGCUGGAGGCGGAGCUGGACGAGGCCUACGGGAACUUCUCCAGGCACAACGACGGCAAGAACAUCUUCCACACGGCGCGCACGCCCGCCACGCUCUUCGCCGUCAUGUUCGUCACCUACGUGGCGUCCGGCGUGACGGGCUUCGUCGGCCUGAGCGCCUUGGCGUCGCUGGCCAACCUGGCCAUGGGCGUGGCGCUGCUGUCGCUCUGCGCCUGGGCCUACGUGAAGUUCUCCGGAGAGUUCCGGGAGGUGGGGACGAUGAUCGAUCUGGUGGCCGAGACGCUGUGGGAACAGAUCUUGAAGCCACUAAGUGAACAUUAUAUGGAAGACAAGGUCCGACAGACGGUGGUUAACUCCAUCAAAGCCAGCUUGACAGAACAAGCUAAAGACUCCUACAAGUUAAAGACUCGCUGAUGCCCCCCCCCCCCCCUCCUCAUCCCCCCGUCAUGUUCAUCAUGCUCCCCCCACCGCUCAAUGUGUCCAAUCCUAGAACUGUGGAACUAGUUCAACACCAAAGCUGACCCCCUUUUACCCCCACCCCACCUCAUGGCUUCCUCCUCUGUUGGCUGUGGUGGAGCUGCCCUGCUCUUCAUCGCCCCCCAGUGCCUCAAAGCAGCAGCAGCAGCAGGAGAGAAGCCAAAACUGGAGCUGAAGGACCUUCAUCUUCAAUGUGCCAUGCUGUGAUCUAUUGUUGUAGGCUCACAAACACACACACACACACACACACACACACCUAUGCUGUAAGCGGACUGCACUCGCUUCAGGAUUGAGCUGCAAUUCAGGGAAAACUGACACACACUUUCUGUGCAUUUAACCUGUUUCGUCUUACGAGUGAGACGAGCUCGGUUUUCUUUCUCUUCAGGCCGUUUAUUCACCUUUCCCCAAAAAGCACAAGUGACUCGUGGAGUAGUUCAGUAGUUUCAGCACAAUCAGGGAAUGAAUUGGACGAGGUGAUCGUCCCGGGGGAAUCUGAACUGUAAAGAACCUUUCGACUUCCUACUAGAUCUCCUUCCUGUCUCCAAUCAUUCAUUCGGUUUGUCUCGGUGAGCGUUAGCCAUGUGACUCGAGCCCACGCUGGGCUCCAGCUGCUUCCAGGCGUCUUUCUUCCCUUUAGUAUUUUGUGAUGGUAAUUCUGAAGAGAACUGUAGGGAGCCUCGAGCUUCUCAGCUGAUGUGUUUUUAAAGUUAGGGCUAAUGUUUUACCCUCUGCAUGGUGUUAAGAGCUACUGUGUCGUAGCAUGAAAGUAGCUAGCAGCAUUUUAGAGCCACGGUGUCUUUAGUUAAGUAGCCAGGGAGGCCCAUCAUCUUUGUCAAGCUGCUCCUGGUUCUGAAAGCCUUAUUUCAUUGAGAUGUUCUGUUUCUAGGUUAAGCUCCUGUUACAUCUUUAAAGGAUUAGUUUAACUGGGAAAAUAUGCUAAACUGCUUUCUUGAGUCAGUUAAAUGUAUGCCGCUCAUGAGAUGAAUAUACAGAGAUAGAAAUGUGUGACUCACAAAAACCGACAAAUUGACUUUUAAAUUCACGAAGCAUAGAGCAAAACAUUCGGCACCUCUAUGCUAAGCUACCUGGCUGCUGCUUCAAAUUUAAGGGCCGAAAAGGAGUGCAGCACAAAUCAGAUUGCUCAAAUGUUGAACUUUUUCUAGAGUUUGUUUCUAUCCAUUAUUUCUCACCCCAAGCACCAGUCUCUUUCUGUGAUCACGUAAACCAAUCGAGCGCGUUGGAUUAAAUAAACUUUGUAUACAUUUCCUAGUGAAUCAGCUGUUUUCUUGAUCAACUUAACCAUCUGUGGUCUGUUUUAAGAAUAGCUGAAGGGUUUACACUAGUUCAUGGAUGGAUGUUAAUAGACACGUGGUGUGAAUCUCUGGAUUCUGAUUGUGACGAGCCGGUCUGAGACAUAGCUUGUUUGCCUUUAUAAAAGGUAUCUAAUUUAUUUUUGAAUAAAUCAAUUCAAUUACUUUGGCUCCUUUUGUCUCAUUUCUAGGAUUUACGCCUGCGGUGUUUGGACCCGAUUUUUUCUCAGUUGCUCAAUCUGCUGCAUUGUGCAGCUGGGGAGCACAUUCGCAUUCCUGAAAAGAGCCGUUUUGCGUUCAUGAUUUCCUUUGUCCGCCGCUGAAAUGAGUUAAUUUCCAUAAAUGACCAACAGGAGGAGCUGGUUUCUUAAAAAUAGUUUAAUUUUACAAUGGAAAAGUUUAAACUGCAAAAGCCACAAGCCCUGUACGCAGAACAGGUAUUUAGUGUAAAACUCAAGCAAAAAAAUAUAACACUGACUGGCACAGAGUUUCAUCUCCAUAUCAAGAACAAAACAAAUCUUCUAUGAAAAUGUGUUCAAAUGAGGAAUUUGUCUCCUAAUGUUAUUUACAAAUUAAGAUUUUUUGUGCUUUCAAUUAUACAUUGCCGCACAUUUUUGGGACGACAAAAUAAAAACUUCAUGUUGGGGGAAAAAACAACAUGAUCUGUUCAAAUAAACCAUGCUGUUGCGACUUCAUUCUAAAUCUACCCUCCAAGAUGUUCAGCAGUUCGGGGCCCAGAUCACUGAUUAAAACCUCGCCUUUUAGGAUUCCUCCUACAAUCACUGAAUUUACACACACACACUGCUUAUUAAUUCCCUCCCUUCAAAGUGUUGCCUUAAUGUUUUUGGCUUAAUCAGAGCUGCAACAGUCAAAAGUGAAAAGAUGAGUCCCUUUAAGGAUCGGUAAACAUUUACAUGGUUAUGUAGGCGAGUUCCUAAGUGCCUCAUUUAUGUAAAAAAAAAAAAACUA